AUGGAAUCGCGUGGAGAGGAAGGUGUUCGAUUCAGGCUGAACUCAUCUGAAUCGGACGGCCGCGAAACGAAGAAAGAAAUCCCCGGAGACGGUCAGCUAUCUUGGGACGCUCUCGACAAAGGAUCAUCAGAAUCGUCACAAAGCGACGACGUCGAAAACGGCAGCAUAUCCUUCUGGGAAUAUCUUCACGGGGAGUUCCGGAGAGGCUACUACCUCGAGAACGAUGAACAACGAUAUGACGAUCGACGCGAGAAGUUUUAUAUGUUUUUCAAAAUACCAAAGGAGUUUGAGAAAUUUCAAUUUUACGGCUUGGUCCAGUGCAUUGACGCAUUCCUCUUCGUAUUCACACUUCUGCCAGUGAGAUUCGUGUUCAGCACGUAUGCUGGUCUGACGAACUGGAUAAAGGUCGUCUUCCACAAAUUGACCAAACAUGGCAGUCCCGUGCACAAUCGACGCCUACAACCAGCGGAAACUUGUGACUUCAUAAAAGGUCUGAUAAUUAUCAUCGUGGCCUACUUGACGACGUACAUCGACACGUCUGUACUCUAUCACAUGGUCAAGACGCAGUCCGUGAUAAAGUUGUACAUAUUUUUCAACAUGCUCGAAGUGGCAGACCGGCUUUUCAGCAAUUUCGGCCAAGACAUCAUUGACGCUCUCUUCUGGACAGCCACCGAGCCGAAGGUGCGACAAGGAGAGAGGAAAAUCAGAUUCGGCUUAGCCUUCCAUUUCGGCCUCGCGGUCCUGUACGUAUUCUGCCAUUGUUUCCUCGUGAUGCUGCAGGCCGUCGCUCUGAACGUCGCCAUAAACUCACAAAAUAAGGGCCUCCUCGCCAUAAUGAUGUCGAACAAUUUUGUCGAGCUCAAAGGUAUGGUUUUCAAAAAAUUCGAGAAAAACAACCUUUUCCAAAUGUCCUGCAGCGACGUACGAGAGAGAUUCCACUACAUGGUGCUACUAUUCGUCGUUGUCCUUCAGACGAUGAAAGAGUACUCGUGGCAGCCCGAACCGUUCUGGGAUCUUGUUCCUAGUUGCAUCUGGGUGAUGCUGUCCGAAAUUCUAGUCGACUGGGUGAAACACGCAUUCGUGACCCGUUUUAACGAAAUCCAUUAUUCGAUGUACUCGGAGUAUAUCACCUAUCUGGCGUAUGACGUCGCGUCGAGCAAGCUCAAGAACGCCUACAGCGAUCAUUCGGACCUGGUCGCACGGCGAAUGGCAUUCAUCCCUUUGCCAUUGGGAGCACUUGUGCUUCGCGUCGUUCAUGGUAGCGUCGCAAUCAAGGGCUACGCCUCGAUAUGUCUGGCGAUCGUCUUCUGGCUAAUGCUGUUCUCAUGUAAAAUCGUCGUCAACAUCUUCCUGCUGGGCAGGGCUUGCGUAAUCAUUGAACGUCACCGGCAAACUCUCCAAGAGAAGAGGCCGGCGCCUCGAUUGUGCACUUCAUUGCCCUCAUCCCGCCGGCAGUCCAUGGAAGACCUGAAGCCAGAUCUCGUCAAAUUGGAGGCAAAGUCCGAACCGCAAAGCGCCAAUCCCUCGGUCAGUUCGAGCUUGGCCGAUAUCAGAGACCAGGCGGAGCUCGCGCAGCAGUCAAUGAACGAGGCCCCGAUCUUUGCCGAAAGCGCGGUCGAUAUAUCCACUUUGGGAAUCAAGGAGGAAGUGCUCGGAGAGGAUGUCGAUCAACUAAAAGAGAGUCUCUUAGAAAUUAAAAAUCGCGGAAGAUCGAUCUCCACAGGAAUGUUGCCGGGCUUACCCCUACAAGACAAGAGCGAAUUGUGA